AUGGUCUUAUUCUUUCCCAUUUUUAAAAUGUUUUUAGAUCUUUGUGAUAUCGGCGGUUCUUUUCGACGUCCUUCUACUUACGAUUUCCCUGCUUUGGAGAAUGGACGGAGGGUUUACACAUUUCCUACCCUGCAUAGAGGUCAAUUAGUUCUGCCCUCUACGUUUCUUGGGGAGACAGUCGUAAAAAUGGAUCCCCUAGCAGAAAAAAAACUCAAUGUGAUACGCCCGCAUUAUGCAGAAUAUUUAACUGAGCAUUACUUUGUUAGAGCGUUGGUUUGUAGUAUUGUAAGUGUAGUUAGAUAUGUGUUUAGCGUUUGUUUCGUCUAUGUAAUGACUCAAUUUAAGGUUCCUAUGGAGGCUCCUCCUCAUGCAACACCUAUAUCGAUCCAGUUGGCACCACGACUACUUACGAUAAGAAGGAAGAAAAUGAAGAAGCACAAGAGGCGGAAACGCUAUGAUAGGGACUUCUUCAAAUAUCAGAAAUAUCACAGAGAAAAGAAGCUGAGGUCAUUCGAAGCAGAGAAAUACGUUGAAGACACGAUUGCAACAGCUAAGAAAGAGUGGUCGGACGAGCUUGCACCAACAGGAAGAAAGUUGUAUCCUCAUUGGUCACGAUUGAUGUCGUUGGAAGAGUUGUAUGGUCUGCCGAAAAGCGAUUAUAUUGACAAGAAAGCUGGGUUUCCGAGUGAGGAAGAUAUGGAGAGGAUAAAGAAGUUGAAGAUGGAGUACGAAAACAAGUUUCGUGGAGUUUAA